AUUUUGAAAAACACAAAACAUGUUUUUUCUUUUCUCGAGAAAAAGAAAAGGAGAACACGACUGGGUAACCGUAAAGCACAACCGUAGUAUUAGCGGUUAUAGGGAGUGGCGGAGUGGAAAAUAAAAGAAUAAGAAGAAGAGGAAGAAGAGGAGUAAGGGAGAGGAGAAAAAAGUCCCAAGCAAAGUGCUGGAAAAGAACGAAAGAAAAAUAAAAGGAACCGAUCCUUUAUUUCUCUCUCGGUCUGAAACUAAGAAUCAGAAACCAAGAAACAGUAAUUUAUUAAGUGCAAAAACAAAAGGCUGUAUUAACUUUGAUUAAAUAUUAAUUCUGAAGAGUUGUUUGAGAAAUGGAGGACGAGGUGGUACAGCGGGUAUUACAAGAAGGUGGACGCGAUUAUUUUCAACAAACUCCUUCUACUUCCUCUUCUUCUUCCAUCCUUCAAUCUCUCCCUCUCCAUGUGUCUUUUGAUCAUGGUUAUUACUUGCUGGUAAAAUCUAUUCAAGAGCUCAGAGAGAAAAAAGAGGGUUUUGUUACUGUGGGAAUUGGUGGUCCUAGUGGUUCGGGCAAAACAAGCUUAGCAGAGAAGGUUGCAUCUGUAAUUGGUUGCACUGUUAUAUCAAUGGAGAAUUAUCGCGUUGGAGUUGAUGAUGGGAAUGAUUUGGAUUCAAUUGAUUUUGAUGGAUUAGUCCAAAAUCUUGAGGAUUUACUAAAAGGUAAUGAUACUUCAAUACCAGUGUUUGAUUACCAACAAAAGAAGCGUGUCGGUUCACAAGCAAUACAGAGUGCUUCAUCUGGAGUGGUAAUAGUUGAUGGUACCUAUGCUUUGCAUGCAAGAUUGCGCUCUUUGCUAGAUAUUCGGGUGGCUGUGGUUGGCGGAGUCCAUUUUAAUCUUCUUUCUAAAGUUCGAUAUGACAUAGGGGAUACUUGUUCAUUGGAUUAUCUUAUCGACAGCAUUUUUCCAUUGUUUAGGAAACACAUUGAGCCUGACCUUCAUCAUGCACAGAUUAGGAUUAACAACAGCUUUGUCUCUUCAUUCAGAGAAGCAAUUUACAAGCUGAAGUGCAGGAGUGAGUUCCCAGAUCUGUCUGCUUAUGCCUUUCAAGGAGCAACACCACAAAAAGACAAUUUUAUUGAGAUGUACCUUAGGGCUCCUUCAGCAAGUGAAGUAGCACGAAUCAGUGAUUGGAUUAAGGUGCGGCAAUCUGGUAUUAGAUAUUAUCUGUCACUUGGGGACCAGAGGAUUGUUGACAAAAAUUUCAUUAUCAGGCCAAAAGCUGAGUUUGAGGUCGGACGAAUGACGCUUGGUGGUUUGUUGGAUUUAGGGUACACUGUUGUAGUUAGUUAUAAACGAGAAUCUACUUCUGUUAGUAAUGGCAAUCUCUCACUAUCAAUGGAGACUAUUGAUACUCUUGGUGAGACAUUUACGGUGCUGAGGGGCAUGGAUAGAAAAACUGUUGGAGCAGAAGCGUUGAGGAUGAGUAUGAUUGGACAAUGGAUCACCAAAUCAUAUCUGGAAAUGAUUCUUGAGAAAAUGAGUAAUGAGAAAAAAGAUUUACCACGUCUGAGUACACCACCACCGUUAUCUAAUACUUCCACAACUAAUAAUCAAGAAAGACUGAUUUCUGCUCCGAAGCCUAUUCGUACUACUACAAAUCUUAUUACUGGGCUUGAGGAUUUAUCUCAGCCAUGGACUCGGUCCCCAACUAAAUCUCAAAUGGAACCUGUUGUAGCAUCUUGGAGUUUAAUAUCAUUUGAUCAACCGCAUACGGGAAGCUCAUCUGUAGAUCCUUCCUGUUUCAGGGAUAAUGUGAAGCUUGUUCCAAUGCCUGAUUCAGUUAACUUGGAUAGAGGAUUACUGCUUGCUGUUCAAGCUAUUCAAGUUUUAUUGGAGCAUAAAGGUCCUCCAGUCAUAGUUGGAAUUGGAGGUCCAAGUGGAUCUGGAAAAACUAGCCUGGCACAUAAAAUGGCCAAUAUUGUUGGUUGUGAAGUAGUUUCCCUCGAAAGCUACUUUAUAUCUGAACAAGUUAAGGAUUUUAAGCAUGACGAUUUUCGCUCUCUUGAUCUGUCCCUGCUUGCGAAGAAUAUUGACGACAUCAAGCAUGGUAGAAGAACUAAAGCGCCCAUAUUUGACUUGGAGACUGGGGCUCGUAGCGGUUUCAAGGAACUUGGAGUUUCUGAAGACUGUGGUGUGAUUGUUUUUGAAGGGGUUUAUGCUCUGCACCCAGAAAUUCGAAAAUCACUUGACUUUUGGAUUGCUGUUGUUGGAGGUGUUCAUUCGCAUCUGAUUGCUCGGGUUCAAAGGGAUAAAAGUAGAGUGGGGUGUUUCAUGUCCCAAAAUGAGAUCAUGAUGACAGUGUUUCCAAUGUUCCAGCAGCAUAUUGAGCCCCAUCUUGUUCAUGCUGAUCUCAAAAUUCGGAAUGACUUUGACCCUGUGCUUUCCCCAGAGAGUUCAUUAUUUGUUUUAAAGAGUAACAAGCAAGUGUCUGAUCAAGAUAUUUUAAAAAUCCUUGAUCCUGCAAAGUUCUGUAGUUCCGUUCAGAAUUUUAUUGAUAUAUACUUGAAGCUCCCUGGAAUUCCUGCAAAUGAGCAAUUGGCAGAGAGUGACUGUAUACGUGUCAGAAUUUGUGAGGGUAGAUUUGCUUUGCUUAUACGGGAGCCUAUAAGGGAAGGCAAUUUUAUCAUUCAACCUAAGGUGGAUUUCGAUAUUAGCAUCAGUACUGUUGCUGGUCUUCUUAAUCUGGGGUAUCAGGCUGUAGCCUACAUCGAAGCUUCCGCAUUUAUUUACCAAGAUGGGAAGAUUCUCAUUGAGGUUGACCAUAUACAAGAUGCUUCUAGUCCUUACUUACAGAUAAAAGGGGUUAGUAAAGAAGCUGUGGCAGCUGCUGGUUCAAUGCUUAAACUGGAUGGUUCAUAUACAACAAAGAGUUAUCUGCAAAUCAUUUUGGAGAGAUUACCUGCAGCUGAAAGAAGAUCCAGUGGGAUUCACACUCAACAAAGUGCAAGGUUGCAGGAACUUGUUGAAUUUAUACAAUCUCAGGGCAACAGCUCAGCUUCAGAAUCCUCCCAAACUAGGGAGGCUGCUCCUGUAGAUGGCAUAAUUGAAGAUAUGCAGUCUAGAAUCAAGAGGUUGGAGAGAUGGCAGACCAUCAACACGGUGUUGUGGACUUUUCUAAUGUCUGCGCUCGUUGGUUAUUCGCUUUACCAAAGGAGGCGCCAGUGAACGGUUUGUGGAAUCAAGAUGGAGCAAGGGAAGGUCCAUUGCGCUGUCCCGAGAUAGGCAUUAACCCGCGAAGGGUAAUCAUUGGCGAUUCUGAUUUUAACAGAAAUUUCUAACAAGGGUUGCAUGUUUCUCCCAGGCGAUCGAUUUUCUUUUUAAGAGCUAUACAACUUAUACCCGAACAAGGCAGUAACACUGACUCAUCAUCUUUACACCUUUUUUUUCCUCUUUUGGGAUUCCUGUGACAGAAAAAUUGGAAUUAUUAAUUUCGGUGCUCCCUUUUGUAAAUACUUCCACUGGGAGGAUGGGAGGAGGUUAGGAUAGCUGACAGUACGAAGUAACAUAAAUUUUCUUUCUUCAUCUGAUUGUAAUUGGCCUGAUUUCUUCUUCUUUUUUAUACCCUAAUAUUAAUUGUCACGAUUUUGCUUAA